AUGCGCUUCUAGACGUGGCAACGCAGCGGCAUCAUGGCCUCGCGGAACCUCUACGGGAGUCGGAUGAGAGGGGGGAAAAUGCUCGGCAUGCUGCUACUGGUAUGGCUCAUAUCGAUAUUGGAUGCAGUGAAAGUGUCUCCCCUCAUAGAGAAGGUGAGCGACCACAAAGACUUGAAGAAACUUCUCAGGACUAGGACAAACGUUCUUGUGCUGUACACCAAGACAGCUACAUCUAGUGACGCCCACCUGAAGCUGCUCUCUGAUGUGGCUCAGACGGUCAAGGGCCAAGGCACCAUCGCCUGGGUCAACUGUGGAGACUCCGAGGGCCGUAAGCUUUGCAAAAAAGUCAAAGUGGACCCAAGUUCCAAAAGUAGCGCUGCCGAGCUGUUGCAUUACAAAGAUGGAACCUUCCACACGGAGUACAACAGGCCCGCCACCUUCAAAUCCAUGGUGGCAUUUCUGAAGGACCCCUCGGGGCCUCCACUGUGGGAGGAAAACCCAGAAGCCAAAGAUGUCGUCCACGUAGAAACAGAAAAAGACUUCAGGAAGCUGCUGAAGAAAGAAGACAAGUCCAUCCUCGUGAUGUUCUAUGCACCCUGGUGUGGCGUAUGUAAGAGGAUGCAGCCCAUUUUUCAACAAGCUGCUACGGAAACCAAGGGACGAUAUGUUCUGGCAGGCAUGAACGUGCACCCAUCCGAAUUCGAUGGCCUCAAGCAGGAAUUCAACGUCAAAGGCUACCCGACCUUCUGCUACUUCGAGAAGGGCAAGUUCCUCUACCACUACGAGAACUACGGCGCCACAGCCAAGGACAUCGCAGAAUGGAUGAAGAACCCUCAGCCGGUGCAGCCGAAGACUCCUGAAGUGUCGUGGUCCGAGACUGAUUCGUCAGUCUUCCACCUCACAGACGAAUCUUUUGACGCUUUCAUGGAGGAGCAUCCUGCCGUUAUGGUCAUGUUCUACGCCCCCUGGUGUGGCCACUGCAAAAAGAUUAAACCAGAAUAUGAAGAUGCUGCCCAAAUACUCAACAAAGAUCCAAAGAGUCCAGGCGUGCUGGCGGCGGUGGAUGCCACCAUCCAUAAGUCUGUGGGAGAUCGCUACAAGAUAUCCGGCUUUCCCACCAUCAAGUACUUUGAGAAAGGACAGGAGUUGUACACGUUGCCACACAUACGAAGCAAAGACAAGAUAAUCGACUUCAUGCACAAUCCACAGGCCCCGCCGCCACCAGAGCAGUCUUGGGAGGACAAGCCCUCCAGUGUCCUCCAUCUUAGCUCGGAGGACUUCCGAGAGACCCUGAAAAAGAAGAAACACAGUCUGGUUAUGUUCUACGCUCCAUGGUGUCCGCACUGUAAAAACGCCGUCCCGCACUUCACGACUGCAGCAGAACUCUUCAAAGAAGACCGCAAGAUCGCAUACGCGGCAGUGGACUGCACUAAGGGACAAAAUCAGGAUUUGUGCAAGCAGGAAGGGGUGGAGGGAUACCCGACCUUCAACCACUACAACUACGCCAAGUUUGUGGACAAGUAUCACGGAGAUCGCGGGGAAGCGGGCUUCAUCGGCUUUAUGCGCAGCUUGCGAGGCCGCGACCAGGAAAAAGUCACCAAAAGGAAAGAGGAACUCUGA